CUGAGAUAAGAGAAAUAUUCGAGGUCUUAUCUGCCGAAAUACAUAAUCUGGUCAUAGCCGCCAUCUCAGUGGGCCUGUAAAGUUAUUUACUUUAACAAUGGCCCUGGUCUUGAUUCGUAGUCUUCGUUUUUGGCAAAGAUCGCAAUCGUUUGGCAGUUGAAUUUCGACCACGGUUCUAUCAUGAUGGCCUUUCGAUUGAGUUUUGUGCUCCUGGCCUUCUUCUUUACUAGUUCCUACCAGCUUUCCAAGCCCGAGGAUUCCACCUAUUGGGCAGCGGUGGUAGAACACAUGGAGGCGGAGGGUAAUUCUGCUCGGAGUCGCACCAGUUCCAUAUCACAAUCCUUUCAGGAUAUCAUCCGAGAUGUAGACGAAGUGGACAUAAUCGUAUUUCCCGAGCAUCUUCUAAACAGUCAGGAUACGGCCACCUUUGUGCCCCAUGAAUCCCAGAAUGUUACGCCCUGCUACCAAGCGGAUUACGACCUGUUCCUCAUUGAAUUAUCCUGCGCGUCGAGAUCGAGGGGCUUCUAUGUGGUGAUAAAUGUGGUGGAGAAGGAACUCUGUGCCAAUGGAGCCGGAUCCGAUACCUUCGGCCCGUGUCCUUCGACAGGAGUUCGGUACUUCAACACCAAUGUGGUCUUCGACCGCAAGGGCAGGGUUAUCUCGCGAUAUCGUAAAAGUCAUCUGUGGCGUCACGAAUACAUGGAGACAUCGGUGCUCCGUACUCCCGAUGUAUCCACCUUUACCACAGAUUUUGGCGUAACCUUUGGCCAUUUCAUUUGCUUCGAUAUGUUGUUCUAUGAUCCGGCAGUGAAGUUGGUAAGGGAACUGAAUAUUACGGAUAUCAUAUAUCCCACUUACUGGUUUUCGGAACUGCCAUUUCUGGGAGCUGUGCAACUGCAAGAGGGUUGGGCAUUCGGCAAUAAUGUGAAUCUGUUGGCAGCAGAUGCCAGUCGACCCGAUGGCAAGACCACUGGAUCUGGUAUAUAUGCAGGUCGGGGUGGAAGACUUGUGGCGGAGAUUUUUGAGGAGCCCACAACCAAGUUGCUGAUAUCGGAGGUUCCCAAAAGAGAGUAUGGUGAACUGGCUCCCAUUUUCACACCCGUGUUCACGCCUCAGUUGAAAACCCAAAGAGUUACUGGAGUAGCCACCUACAGGGAUUAUAAUGUGGAUAUUUUUGAGAGUGAACUUUUAGCGGAGGAUUUCUUGAGCUUGGAAAGGACGUUGUGCCACGGCAGCUUUUGCUGUUCCUUUGCCAUCGAACGGACGGUUACCACAGCCAGUGCCAACGAGGUGAUCUCCUCGGAUUCCAAGACCUAUCGCUAUAGAAUAGCCGCCUAUUGGGGCAAUGAAACGACCGUGAUCCGAGUGGAUCGCACUGAGCAAGCCAUUUGUGCUUUGUUCUCUUGUACGGAUGAGAGUAUCAGCAGUUGCGGUUACAUAUUUCCCGCAGAACAGGAGGUCAUCAAUAAGCACCAUUUCACCAAGUUGAAUAUUUCUGGUAAUUUUCCCGCAGCAACUCAUGGUCGUCGUCUGAUCAUGCCCAGCACCUUGAAUGCCCUAUUCUUGCCCGUUUCUGUUUCGGAUUUCGAUUGGACUGAGUCACCAGAGGCUGCCCCAAAUCCAGAUAAACCUACAUAUGUGGCUUUAAGCCUAUCAAAGGCGCAAAACGACCUACUGACCUUUGCCAUUUGGGUCAACUAUUUCACCGAUUUGCCCAGCACCCACAACUUGGAUCACAUGCAACCAGGUUUCACUAGUCCCUCAACUUCUGGUUCCCCUGGAUUGUUUGCCUCCAGUGUUUGGUGGGUCCUAGCCUGCCUGUUCAUUAUACUAUAGAUUAAUUAUUUUUUUCUGCCAAGUCAUUAUAAUAUACCAGAAAAUUCUUUGGCACAUACAAAUAGUUUGAGUUUCCAGCGGAUUCUGUGAGUCAUAUUUUUUUUACACAUUUUUUUUUAUCUCUAGAUAACACACAAUGACAUUGUGACUAAUAAUACAAUGAAGGGGAUUUGAAAUCUCAGGACAAGUGCUAAAACGUGAUGUUUGAUAACAAGCUAAUGAUAAAUACCAAGUAUAAAAUAAAAGUAGAGCAGUCAAAUGUUAUCACAUCUUUAUAAGGGUAUAUAAUGACUUUAAUAAUACAUUUACCAUUUGUAUUAUUGUGUGAAUAAAAGCGAAGUCUUCAAAUAAAGCUAUAUAAACCCUUCUAUGGCACUGAAAUCUCUUUCAAAACAAUUUUGUUGGAAUUGAGCCCAAAGUACAUACAGAUUUUAACUGACUUUGUCCGAUUGUACUAUUGUUAAACAUGGAUACAUUUGAUAUUUGAUGAGGUUUGGAUGAAGAUCCCUGAGUGUCAGUAAUAUCCAGUAAAACCCAUGAUUGAAGUACAUAAGAAUAUAUAUACUUUAUAUGGUCGGUAAAGCUGUCUUUUACAUGCCAUGUACUUUUUAACGUGUAAAAUAUACCUCCACA